GCCCCCGCCGUGACGGCAGGUUGGCGCAUGUGCAGGAGUCGGCGCCGCCUGCGUUUGGCGCAGCUCCUCCGGCCUGGGUGGAAUUGCACAUGCGUACCAACCACCCCUGUCACAGGCCUCAAUGCGCCGGCUAGCUUCCCCCACCCCUCCGCGGGCGCCGGAGUUGGGAUGCGCGCGCACAAUCUUGCCCUUCCCCCGCCCCUCCCUCUAGGGUGGUCGUUGCGCCUGGACGGAAGGCGGCGGCGCGCGAGUCCGAGGCUGCCGGCUCCGGGCUUUGCUGCCUCGUGCCGUCGUAUCGGCGCUGAGAGAGGUAACGGCCGGGCGCAAAGGCCCCGUGCAGGAAGAUGGCGAUUCUAUUUGACUUCGGACCUUUGGCGUGAGUUCUGAUGGAGCUGGAUUUUUCUUGUUUUUUUUAUGGGAAGUGUUUGAAUAUUCAUGCUGUGAAAGAAGAAAACAUCCAAUGGCUUCAGAAUCUAUGACCCCAGAAUCAGCAAAACACUAUCAGAUAAAAGGAAAAAGGCAGCAGCAACAGCAGCAGCAAGAUAGAUCUCUGAACAGUGAUGGCGAAGAAGUCUUCGUAUUUGAAGCAAAUGAAGCUUGGAAGGAUUUUCAUAGCUCUCUUCUUCACUUCUAUGAAGCUGGGGAACUCUGUGAUGUUACAUUGAAGGUUGGUUCAAAGCUAAUCUCCUGCCACAAGUUGGUUCUGGCUUGUGUUAUCCCUUACUUCAGAGCUAUGUUUCUUUCUGAAAUGGCUGAGGCAAAACAGACAUUGAUUGAGAUCAGGGACUUCGAUGGAGAUGCAAUAGAAGAUUUGGUGAAGUUUGUCUAUUCCUCCCGGCUUACAUUGACUGUCGAUAAUGUCCAGCCUCUCUUAUAUGCAGCCUGCAUUCUUCAGGUGGAGCUAGUAGCAAAAGCUUGCUGUGAAUAUAUGAAACUACACUUUCAUCCCUCAAACUGCCUGGCAGUGAGGGCCUUUGCAGAAAGUCACAACCGUAUUGACUUGAUGGACAUGGCUGACAGAUAUGCUUGUGAACACUUUACUGAAGUGGUGGAAUGUGAGGACUUUGUGAGUAUGUCACCUCAGCACCUCCAUAAGCUCUUGUCUUCCAGUGAUCUGAACAUAGAGAAUGAGAAGCAGGUUUAUAGUGCUGCUAUCAAGUGGCUGCUUGCUAAUCCACAGCAUCAUACUUCAUGGUUGGAUGAAAUACUUGCUCAGGUACGCCUGCCUUUGUUGCCCAUUUGUUUCCUUAUGGGCGUUGUGGCAAAAGAAGAGAUCAUCAAGCAGAAUCUAAAAUGUAGAGAUUUACUGGAUGAAGCAAGAAACUACCACCUUCACCUGAGCAGCAGGGCAGUGCCAGACUUUGAGUAUUCCAUCCGCACAACCCCAAGGAAUGAGACUGCUGGUGUACUAUUUUGUGUUGGUGGUCGAGGUGGAUCAGGUGACCCAUUUCGCAGCAUUGAAUGCUACUCUAUAAACAAAAACAACUGGUUCUUUGGUCCUGAAAUGAACAGCAGGAGAAGACAUGUGGGUGUAAUCUCUGUGGGAGGUAAAGUCUAUGCAGUAGGUGGGCAUGAUGGAAAUGAACAUUUAGGCAGCAUGGAAAUGUUUGAUCCUGUCACUAAUAAGUGGAUGAUGAAAGCAUCAAUGAACACCAAGAGGAGAGGAAUUGCUCUAGCUUCCCUUGGUGGACCCAUUUAUGCCAUAGGAGGGUUAGAUGACAACACUUGCUUCAGUGAUGUGGAGAGAUAUGACAUUGAAUCUGAUCAAUGGAGUGGAGUAGCGUCGAUGAAUACUCCCAGAGGAGGAGUUGGCUCAGUGGCCCUUGUGAACUAUGUGUAUGCUGUUGGUGGCAAUGAUGGUGUAGCUUCUCUCUCCAGCGUAGAGAGAUAUGACCCCCAUCUGGAUAAGUGGAUAGAAGUGAAAGAGAUGGGUCAACGAAGAGCUGGCAAUGGGGUUAGUGAACUCCAUGGUUGCUUAUACGUUGUAGGUGGCUUUGAUGACAACUCUCCAUUGAGCUCUGUUGAAAGGUUUGAUCCUCGCAAUAACAAGUGGGAGUAUGUAGCAGAACUUACAACCCCCAGGGGUGGAGUUGGCAUAGCAACACUAAUGGGUAAAAUUUUUGCAGUUGGUGGUCAUAAUGGCAAUGCAUAUCUGAACACAGUGGAAGCCUUUGAUCCAGAGAUGAACAGGUGGGAGCUUGUUGGAUCUGUUUCUCACUGCAGAGCUGGAGCAGGUGUAGCUGUGUGCUCUUGUCUUAGUAGUCAGAUCCGUGAUGUUGGUCAGGGAUCCAACAAUGUGGUUGAUUGUAUGUGAACUCAGAUUCAAGCCCCAAUCAACUCUCCAGAAUUUCAGAAGAUCCUGAUAGGACUCCAGGAUGGAGGGACAUGACCACAACAGCAUUGCUCUGGGGUUUUUAAUUAUUAUCCUACAUGGUAGAUAAAUACUGAUUGACUCUUGUGUGAUAACUAUCAAAAGCUGAGUCCUAAUUUUCAAGUUUUCUGAAGCUUAUCUGAUUCAGAAAAGUCUGGCUAAACAUGAAAGGACCCUGUUUUUUAUUUGAAAGCAGCUAUCCCUUUAUAACUUUUUGAAGGGCAUUUAUAAUUAAAUAAAAUAUACAUAGGCUGUGGUUAAGAGUUGCACUUUGAAUUGUUGAGCCUUAAAACUACUUCCCUCCACCCACCCACCCCCCAAAAAACAAAACUGAUUCUAGGAUACACACUAGUGUGUUUUUAAUAUGUACAUUCUGAUAAAUACAAGAGCUUU